AGAGAGAGAGGGGGGGGGAGAUACUGAGAGCAUCAUCGAUGGCCCAGUCACAGGGUGAGUAACACUGAACAUCGACAUUAGCAGCUAAGUAGCCUCCAGUAAAAUCAUACGGCCGUUUAAAGUAGAUCCACCAGGACAUCAUCUGAAGAGCCGCCGACAGAGAGAGAGAGAGAGAGAGAGAGGCUGCAUCAUGACUGCAAUGGAGGAGCAGACAGGCACUGGGCUGGAUGACUGAGUAACAUUAGCCGCCUUUUGAGGAAUAACCCCGGUUCUGACUGUAAUAGCGAAGGAGCUGACACAGGGUUUUUUACAGCAAAGCUGUGAGAGUGAUUGAUCCCCUCAACGCUUCUCCAUUAGGGUGCUACGAUACGACAGACAUGCCACCCCCAGCUGACAUUGUGAAGGUGGCUAUUGAAUGGCCUGGUGCCAAUGCUCAGCUUAUAGAAAUGGACCAGAAAAGACCUUUGUCCUCAAUAAUACGGGAAGUAUGUGACGGCUGGUCUUUGUCAGGCUCAGAGCAGUUUGCUCUGCGUUAUGCUGAUGGCCCUCAGCUUUAUAUCACAGAGCAGAGCCGAGGUGAAAUCAAGAACGGGACUAUCCUUCGAUUAGCCAUUUCACCUGCUCGUGCUGCUCGUCAACUCCUGGAGAGGAUCCAGUCCCACGGUAUCGACGCUCGCCUGGAGGCUUUAAAAGAGCUCGCUAAGCUGUCCGCAGACCCAACCUUUGCCACAGAGUUCAUCAAUAUGGAGGGCAUUGGGACACUGGCACGUCUGGUUGAGAGUGGCACCCACUUUGGUGAAAUGCUGGCCUUCACUCUCACUGCCUUCCUGGAGCUAAUGGAUCAUGGCAUUGUGUCCUGGGACCUUAUCUCCCUCUCCUUCAUCAAACAGAUUGCAGGCUACGUGAACCAGCCGAUGGUGGAUGUGUCCAUCCUGCAGCGCUCUCUAGCCAUCCUCGAGAGCAUGGUCCUCAACAGCCACAGCCUCUACCAUCGAGUGGCACAGGAGAUCACCGUAGGACAGCUCAUCGGGCACCUGCAAGUGUCAAACCAGGAGAUCCAAACCUACGCCAUCGCCCUCAUCAAUGCUCUUUUUCUGAAGGCACCGGAGGACAGACGGCAGGAGGAGUAUACUAACCCGCUGGAGCAGCACCUCACUGAAAUGGCGAGCACUUUGGCUCAGAAACACCUGCGAUCCAUCAUCCUCAAUCACGUUAUUAGAGGAAAUCGACCAAUCAAAGCGGAAAUGGCACAUCAGCUUUAUGUGCUUCAGGUAUUGACCUUCAACCUCUUGGAAGAACGCAUGAUGACCAAAAUGGAUCCUAAUGACCAGGCUCAGAGAGACAUCAUUUUUGAGCUGCGUAGGAUUGCUUUCGAUGGAGAAAAUGACCCCACUGGUACAGAAAAGAGAAAGGCCAUGUACACCAAGGACUAUAAGAUGCUGGGGUUUACCAACCAUGUGAACCCGGCCAUGGACUUCACACAGACUCCUCCAGGGAUGCUGGCCUUGGACAACAUGCUGUACCUCGCCAAGGUUCACCAGGACACGUACAUCAGGAUUGUCCUGGAGAACAGCAGCCGCGAGGACAAGCACGAAUGUCCCUUUGGCCGCUGUGCCAUCGAACUUACUCGGAUGUUGUGCGAGAUACUCCAGGUUGGAGAAUUGCCUAAUGAGGGCUGCAACGACUACCACCCAAUGUUCUUCACUCAUGACCGAGCAUGGGAAGAGUUCUUCUGUGUCUGCAUCCAACUUCUUAAUAAAACCUGGAAGGAGAUGAGGGCCACAGCUGAGGACUUCAAUAAGGUGAUGCAGGUGGUCCGUGAGCAGAUCACCAGGGCUCUGGCGAUGAAGCCGUCGUCUUUAGACCAGCUGAAGAAUAAACUGCGAGGCCUCAACUAUUCUGAGAUUCUGCGUCUGCGGCAGUCAGAGAGAAUGAGCCAGGAUGACUUCCAGUCUCCACCUAUCAUUGAGCUGCGGGAGAGAAUUCAGCCCGAGAUCUUAGAGCUCAUCAAGCAACAGCGACUCAACCGGCUGUGUGAGGGAAGCUGCUUCCGUAAACUAGGGAACCGCCGAAGGCAAGAGAAGUUUUGGUUCUGCAGACUCUCCCUGAAUCACAAAGUGCUGCACUAUGGGGAUCUUGAUGAGUCACCUCAGGGUGAAGUGCCUUUCGAGCUACUCAGUGACAAGAUCCCCGUCUCUGAUAUCAAGUCUGUGGUGACCGGGAAGGACUGCCCUCAUAUGAAAGAAAAAAGUGCUCUGAAACAAAACAAGGAGGUGCUGGAGUUAGCCUUCUCUGUCCUCUAUGAUCCCGAUGAGACACUCAAUUUUGUUGCACCCAACAAGUAUGAGUACUGCAUCUGGACUGACGGGCUGUGUGCGCUGCUGGGCAGAGAGAUGGGCAGUGACCUGACACGCAGUGACCUAGAUACUCUCAUCAGCAUGGAGAUGAAGCUCCGCCUCCUAGACCUUGAGAACAUCACAAUCCCAGAAGCCCCGCCCCCCGUGCCGAAGGAGCCUAGCUCGUAUAACUUCACUUACAACUACAGCUGAGUGUGUGUGUGUGUGUGUGUGUGUGUGUGUGUGUGUGUGUGUGUGUGUGUGUGUGUGUGUGUGCGUGUUUGCUAUGCAUGUGUGUGUUUGUCAAGGAUGAGUAUUCUCGAUCUUUUGAUGAAUUUAACUGCAGAUGUGUGCACUGUAAUAGGUUACGUUGCAUUUUUUUUUUUACAUUUCCGAACCCAGGAGACUUCUCUCCGUCUGUGUUUGCGAUGCUGUAUGGUUCGUCAAAUAGGAGAAAUGUCUUUAACGCUUCACAUGGAGUUUAGAGGUCAGGGUCCACCACAGAGCAGUACUCCUGGAGCUGGUAGAGAUUCAGUGAGUGAAUCUCAUUUAUCAGUGCAGUCUCCAGGCAACAGCUUGAUUUGUAUUCCCCAUUCUUCUCUAUUUAAAGAUUAAAACCUGCCUAUAAAGUUAAGGAAUACUGUGCCUGAUCCUGAAUACGGAUGGCGAGCUGUACAAAUCUGCUAAUUAGGCUUUACUUGAGUAUGUUUUAAUCAAAUUGUGACUUAAUUGGUCACUCAAGCUAUGUGUGGUCUCCAUGGCAACAGAAGAUGAAGUGGCCACCCUACCCGAUUUAAGACUCCGUUGAGUUCGAUUCUGUCUGUCCGUCUACACGAAGAGUGAAACAUCACACAGGGAGAAAUGAGUGGGCUGAGAGUUUGCACACUCACACACUUCCUGAAAAAUUCAGCUUGUGUUUUGCUCGAGGUCACUCCAGUCGAAGGGAGGGUUGAUGUCAUGGAGGGAUUGAACAUGAUGUUUCUUUGAAGGUUCAGAAAAUGUUUUUUGUUCUUGAUGAUACAGAGAUACAGAGAGCUAGAAACUUACUUUAAAAAAAAUCAGAUAGGCAAAUAAGGUGGAAGAACAAUACCUGUGUCUCACAGUCUGGUACUGUUACUCCUAUCAUUUGUGUCAUACUGGGACACAGAAACCUAGAGCUGCUACUAACAACUAUUUCCAUGAUCAAUGAAUCUGCAGACUAUUUUCUUUUCUUCAUGAAUUUACUGAUCUAUAAAAUUUAACAAGUUAACAUAUUUAAAUUUCUUGUUUUGUCUGAACAGUGUUUCAAAACCCAAAGAAAUUCAGUUUGCUAUGAUGGAACCAGAGAAAAGUUACGUAAACGGUUAAGUGAUUGAACAUUUUUGACGAUUGUCCAUCACCUAAUCAAUUAUUACACUGGUCCUGGAUCUGUCUAGUAAUAAUUAAUAAUUACACAGUGUUUCAACUCCACAAAGGUGGUGCUGUCAGCAUUUACCUGUUAUGGCGAUUGUUUACUCAAUAUUCAUGCUGCUUCAGAUCGUUUGACUAACACACCUUUUCAUAGCCUGUUAAACAGAGUGAGUAAAUAUAUCCCAUUGAAUUGAAACGAAGUAUGCGGUGCGUGAAGAUUGAUCUUGACGAUGCCCUUGCCUACUUUAUGUGUCUGUGAGUGUGUAUUUGUGUGUAUGUCUGUGUGUGUGCAUAUUUUGAGAUUUAGUGUAAGGUGGUAAUGUUGAGUGAUGUAAGGAAUAAUCUCAAUAUUUCAUGAGUAUGAUGCUAAUGGAAGUCAGGGCCAAAGCUCUGACAUCCAACCCAUUAAAAAGCAUGAAUGAUAGAACCCUUUUUUUGUUAAAUCAUAGUCACUUCAUUGCCUUAUCAGUCAUACACUCACUAUACAUCUUGGGUAACAUUAGCAUUUAUAAGCAGUAUAUGAAUGAUUGAUCAUGUGUUACUGUAUACUUUGUUAUCAAACAUUCAUUAACUGUUCAUACACAAGUUAUGAAUGAUUCAUAGGAGAAGUAACUAAUCAAUAAACACUUAAAAAUGCCCUCAUAUCUGCUACAACUACAUUAUAGUGUGUUAUUACUUGUUUAUGUACUGCAUAUAAAUACUAUAUUGACUUAAAAUAAAGUGUUACCAUAUUUGGAAAGAUUAUAGUGACAUUGUAGUUAAUGUGGCCAUUUUGUAUAAAACACACUUACCUUACAUUCCCAGAGUGUUUGAUUCCCCAGAUGUUUGAAUUUAUUAGCAGUUUUUAAGGCUUGUUUUCAGAAUAUUAAUCACAUUGCACAAGCAAACAGGACAAAAGAGCAGCUCCGUUGGCCUGCUUCAGUUAACGUACCAGAAGCAUAACCUUCAAAUGAAUGCUACAGUUCAAAAACAGCUGAGUGACACGGCCGUGGGCAUCGGGAACAUCUAGUUCUGCUUAUGUAUCCUGUGAGCAUACAGUAUUGUGUGCUUUGUAUGCCGUGAUCUAAAUUAUAAUACUAUUGUUUGAUGUCCUUUUUCUUAUUUCCAUCUUGUCACUGUUUCUAAACUUUUUGUGUAUUUUUAUUCAUGUCACUCAAUGUCUUGUCCACUAAUCACUGCUGUCAUUUGUUAAUGCAGAAUAGAAGUAUAUUUUUGUAAAUGAUUGUACAAUCUUAUCUGUGAAGAGAAUGGGUAUUCAACUAACAUAGCAUUCCCCUUAUGUCACUCUGUACAGUACAUUCAACGUGCUUAUUAAUGUGGACGUUUCUCACCGAAAAAAAAAAAAAGUUUUUGGUCUUCACAUUUUUUAAAGUCACAAAAAAUUUUUCAUGGCACAAUCACCUCAUGUUGUUUAGGAAUGACACCCACUCCAGCACCUAAUGAUGAUGUCAGUGUUAAUGUAUAUUAUAUUGCUAAUGGGAAUAAAGAAAAUUGCCAUUGCAUUGCUGUUUGUGAAAAGGAAUAUAUUUGGAAUUAGUUUUUUCAAAUAAUGUUUGUUUGACUUUUUAACUGAUGUUGGAGAUUUUAAAGGUUCUCUGUGGAGUUUUUUUUUUUUUUUUUACCUCUAGUAUUGCUAUAGAACAGUUUUUCAAUACACAUUCCUGCCAACGGUUUCACACUGUUCCACUGAUCUACAGGUGGCAGUAAUUCACCGAGAUACACAGCAGUGCACCAAUAAAGGCAGGAUUGAAGAAAAUUGCAAGCUAGUAAAUCGAUUUUUACUAAGUUUUAGAUACUUUGAAAAUCUGCUUUACAAGUGUUUCAUGAGGAAGGAAGAUCCCAAGUUUUAGUGAGUAACACUGAAUGUAAACAUACAAGAAAACUCCACAGGGCACCUUUAACUGCUUAAAAUGGUUAUUUUAUAUUCCAGCAAGUCAUAGAACCUUUAAGCUGCUCUGAGAAAAUCACAACUGCAGCUAAAAUAUAUCAAUAUUACAGUGAGUAAAGGAUUGUUGCAUUGGAUGUACUAACAGUAUGACUUGAAGUUUUCGCAUCUGGUACUCUUUUACAUGACUUGCUAAACUAUUUAUUUACACUUGCUAGUGAUAGUAAAGAAUGACAUGUUGUUAGUCAAGAAAUAACAACAUAAAAUCUAAAUAUGGUAUACAUAUAGAUCAUUGUAUGUAUAUACAGUAUUGUGUUGCCUUAUUGAAGAAAAUGUAUUAUGUUUUGUGUGAAUAAAUACAAAGUCUAACUACUGUUGAAA